AUGACAUACGUCCUCUCGGUGCCUGCGCAGAGCCCGCUCAAGCGGUCCUUCAGCGAGACGCCCUACUUACGUCCAACCACGCCCCUGUCCAGCGAGUCUACCAAUACCGUCCGGCGUUGUAGACCUAACAACGUAUCUGCUACCUCACUUAUCUCAUUGGCUUCCAUCCAAGCUGGUCCCUGGCUCAAGGCGAAUGAGAAUGCGCCGCCGAAACUCUCUUCCCGGUCAUUGUUAGACCUGAUCAACGAGCUCUCGGCAUCAACCACGACAAGCGAGGUCCCAGACGACUGCUUCCCGGAGAAGAUAUCGUGGGUUUCCAACAUCCCUCUUCCACCCUCGCCGAACGUCCGCGAAAUCUUCAAGGAAACGACAGACUCGAUUCAUCAUCCCGAGUCUGAUGACGACAUCUCAUCGCCAGCUUCAACUUUUCAGGAAGCGGCCUCCACUAUCCGGGAUGACACGAUUUCUGAGACCGAUUCUAUCAGCUGGCCUAUCGAAGUUCCGGAAGCCUUGAAUGCGUAUGGAAUAGCAUUCGACAUGCCAUGUCCAGAGCAGCCAUCACAAAAUGAAGUGCCUGCUGACGGAAGCACGGAAGAUGGCUCUUCUGCAACCGACUCCAAUGAGAAGGCAGCUCCUUUCAGGAGAUGGGUGAGCACCCUCAGGCGUCGCAACAAACGCCGCGAGAAGAACCCCGCCGCGCGCCUCGAACGCUGGACCGUCGAUGGAUCGGAGACGGAACAUCCAAGGCCAAGGACGGACACACCGAGACGGGACGGCCACAAAAAGUCCGCAUCUUUGACGUCAUCUCUCGCCUUUGUCACUGCCGUCAAAUCGGCUUCUAUCACUCUGGCCAGUACAAGUAUUGCUCCCCUCACCAGGUUCGGAACGAAACGCAGUCGUGCAAGCCAUGCCCACCGAAGCAGCACCGUGUCGGAUACAAGGAUUCCUGGUGAUUCCGUCUAUCCGUCUAUUACUCCUGUCAUGGACGAGCGAGUCUUGGAACGAGCAAAGCAUCGACGGCGAAUUGUGGAGGAGAUUAUAGCUUCGGAAGAGGGAUAUAUCGGCGAUAUGAAGGUUCUUGUCAAUGUCUACUUCUCCGUUCUUGCAUCAGCCCCGUCAGUUUCAAGCCAGACACGGACCGCGAUUCAUCGCAACGUCUCACAGAUACUUCAACUCCAUGAGGAUCUUCUGGGUGAACUUCACAAGAUCGUUCCGAAUUCUGAGUACACGCAUGACGACGCUUCGAGCAAUACACGACGUGUUGUGGGGCUAGCGGUUCACCUCCGGCAGCAACGCCAUUCUCUUGAUCUCGGAAAACAGGAAGAGCCAACCCCUAUCGCUUUGACCACAGAUACGAAGACUGUUGCAGAUAUUGCGAGGCUCUUUGAGAGAUACAUGAAAAGAUUCUUCGCGUAUGAGGAGUACAGUGCGCAAUUCGAGUCUGUCAGCGGCGAGCUAGAGUCUUCGCACCGAACAAUUUCUGCUUGGAACGAUUAUGAAAGAGGCAUCGAAGCCCUAUCGACCACACUUGUGUCGGACAACAAGAAAGAUUCAAGCGGCAGGAAGGGUCUGACGCUAGCCGAUCUGCUUAUCAAACCAAUUCAGCGGCCCUCCAAAUAUCCAUUGUUUUUCGCCGAUCUGCUUAAGCACACCCCGGUCGCGGAUGACCCAGUCGCUCAUGCAGAACUAGAGAAGACCUAUUACCGCCUGAAGGAUGCCAACCAGGAGAUCAACAAUGCCAAGGAUGAUCCAAUUACACGAAGGCUCAUCGAGACCACAUGGCUUUUGCAAGAUCGCUUGAUAUUUCCGGAAGACCAACUUCUUCCUCGCGCACUUCUAACAAGAUUGUUGGGCCAUGUGUCUCUUUGUGGGAUUUUACACGUCACUUACCAGACAAAUGAGCGGAUUGAAGGCAAAUACAUGAUCUGCAUCCUUUUCAACUCUUGCCUUUUGCUGGCCCUUGCGGAUAAAAGUUCGUCAAACUACGAAGUCAUCGCCACCAUUACCUUGGCCAAUGGAAGUAUUGAGCCGGCGGACAAUGGACGAGGACUACAAUGUCAUACCGCACCGUUUACGUGGAAACUUGUCUUCGAGUCCGGCCAAAGACUUUACGAGGUGAUACUCAGCGCUUGCUCUGCCGAAGAAGAAGAGGUAUGGAAGACAAGCCUGCGCUCUCGAGUUGCCGCCGAGAAUAGCGACCUCCUGGAAGGUAGGAGCAGUGUUCAAGAUGUUUUCUCUUCUUUGUUGCUCGACUUGAAGAGUAUUGGAACCAACUUCGGUCAAGCAAACAACUUCACCCGUAGAAUGUCGAUCCGUAGGGCCGCGACCCUGGGGCCGAAGGUUCAUCCUCAACAGGUAAUCAUCAAGAACACCCAGGCGCAGAAACGAACAGAGUCGUCUCAAUCCACAGCCUCUCUUCCUGUGGGACGAUCACACUCGCAAUUGUCAGCGUCGAAACUGAUUCCCACUUUGGCGCCAAGGCGGGGCGAAAGGAUCCGGCUGGAGACGAUCAUCAGCGAAGUGUGGACGAAAGACACACUCCCUUACCCAGGAAUGGGUCCGAGGCGCGGCGACAACCCUAUUCGAGCUUCGGCAAAUUCUGUCAUGCGCAAGCUUAGCAUGGCCAGCAUUACCAGCAAUUUCUCGAGGCGUUCGGACUUCUCCAAACGCUCAGGAAGCUACGCUAGUCUCAGCCAGCUCCGCAGAGAAGAGGCGGGAAGGUCAAGGCCCCGCCGCAAGUCACCACCAUCUGCGAUGCGGAAGUCCGUCUCCGCCCCGGGAAUCAAGGUCGACUUUCACACCGCACCAAAUGCUUUCCUCCCUGCCGACUUCGAGCUCGUCACGCCUCUUCAUGGCAACCAAUGCAGAAGACGCAGCAACCGGGCGUACUUGUCGGACAGAGCGGGCGAUCGAAUUAUCGCGCCUGGUGUUCUGCCUCGGGCAAUGAGCCUUUCGCCGUCACCGCGGCCUCCAUCCUUCACGCUGAAGAAGAAGCUCUCCUUACCGGCACUGGUGGAAAGAUCUACUGUCGAUUUACCUGCACAAGUCAAGUCGGUCAAGAUAAAAACUACACCUGAGAAACCCACGAUACUUCAACCGCCCCCAAGAGAUUCGACACCAGUGACGUCUCCUCUCAGACGGUUCAUUAAACCUCGCACGAGGCUGUUCAAAUUUUGGACGACGAGAAACGAAAACAAUAAGGCGGCCCUGGCCUCCUCCAGGGCAUCUGCUUCAGCUUCGACUCCUUGA